AUGCAGAAAGAAAAAGAAGAAGCAGAGAGUGUGGACUCGUUUCUGUGUCCAAGUUUCAGCGCCUAUUCCUCUAACAAACUCAACGACGUUGCGGAUCAGGUCACACGACACCACCAAAACGACCACCGUUUCGAUGCAAACGACGACGCCGAAAACGACUUCGAGUUCGUCGCGUUUCGCAAGGUCGCGGACGGGGUUUUCUUCGACGCUAGUCCCGCUUUCCCGAUCUUCAACCGCGACCUCAAAACGACGACGGAGGAGGACCGUUCCGCCGCCGCGGAGGACGAUGCGGCCGCCAUUCAGAUCACGCUCGGGAAGCUCAUGAUGGACGAUUCGCCGUCCUCGUCGUCGUCGGAAGUGGAGGACGAACUGGAGGCCAUUCCGGCGGGGACUUACUGCGUAUGGACUCCGAAGCCGGUUGAAUCGUCGCCGAAUCGGUGCAAGAAGAGCAAAUCGACGGGAUCGUCGUCGUCGAAGCGCUGGAAGCUUCUGAAUUUGCUGCGGCGGAGCAACAGCGAGGGGAAGGAAUCGUUCGUGUUUUUGACGCCGUCGUCGUCGUCGGUGUCAGGGUUCAAUCGGGGGAAGAAGAGAGGGGAGAAUUCGAAAGAUGAGAGUGGUGGUGCGGUGGCCGAAAAAAAGAUCCCGGCGAGUUCCGGCAGCGAGAAGAGGAUUCCGGCGGUGUCGGCGCACGAAGCAUUGUAUGUGAGGAACAGGGAGAUGAGAAGAGUGGAUAAGAGAAAAUCGUAUUUGCCGUAUCGCCAAGACUUGGUUGGGUUCUGUGUUAGUCUCAACGCCAUGGGCAAAGGCUUCCCUUUGCAUUUUUGAUAUUUUAUUUUCUUUAUUAUUCCAAUAUUAGCAGUAAUUAGUAAUAAUAAUAACAAUAAUUAUACUCGUACAUAUUUGAAAAUUUUCAGUUACAAAGCUAGAAAAUUAAUGAGAUGUGGAUUAUUGUUAACAUGUUCCCAUGUAAAUUACAGUUAUUAGGAGGUUCUUUUGCUAAUUAUAUACUUGUUUUAAUUUUAAUUUUGUUUUAGAAGU